AUGAGUUGGUUAUAUGAGAUGGUUUUACUUUGUUGUGCCCUGUUAUUCUGUGGAAUCUUACUUUACGAUGAUAUGAAUAAGGGCAAAAAUGUUGAAAUUAAAAAUAAUAAUAAAUUCAACAAAG